AUAUUGACCUUGAAUUUGGGUAAAGAAACUGAGCAAACCAUUGAAGGACAGCAAGAAAACAAUUGGUCUACAACAAGACACUAACUACAAGGCAUCAUGAAGACUCUGACUCUCCUCUCCAUCUGUGCUCUUCUGUCAGUCUGCUGGUCAAUGUCAGCUGUGGAACCAGAGGUUGUUGUGGACCCUGAUGCUGACAUAGUGGAUGAAGCUGCACCUGCUGACCCCACAGCUGCCACCACCGAUUCAUCCUCAUCUGAGUUCGAUUCAGCCUCAUCCUCUCCAUCCGACUCAUCAGCCUCCGAUUCAUCCUCCUCCUCGGAAUCCUCAUCAUCCGAGUCUGCGGAAUCCUCUUCCUCGGAGUCCUCGGAGUCUGAGUCCAAUUCUUCUGCCUCCGACUCCUCUGCCUCCUCCUCUUCAUCCUCCUCAUCCUCAUCCUCAUCGGAGUCAGCGAGCACUGAGGCGUCUCCAGUGGUUAUGAAGAGAGACCUGGCAGCUGUUCUCCUGAGGAGAAGAAGAGCAGUUCCAGCAGGAGUCCUCACCCCUCUGCAGAUGGAAAGUCUAAGAGAGGUGUGUGAAGUGGACGUGGCCUGCGACGAGAUGGCUGAGACUACAGGUAUCGUUGCUGCAUACACCGCCUACUAUGGACCCGUUCCCUUCUAAGUUAAAGACUUUAAUGGUGCAAUAACUCCCCCUAAAUAGAAAAAAAGGGCAGACAGUCAUAAAAAACGGGUUUGGCCUUUGUUGUGAUGCAAGAUGCAGAUUAGUCCUUGCACAUCUGACCAGCUUUAGUGGUCCUGUAUGCAAAUGCAUCUUCCAGGCUUUCAGAGAGAGGCACAUGGAAACACAUGCCUGUGAAGUAUUUAGUAACCCACACAAAUGUAUAAUAUUCUUCUUUUGUCUGGUAUGAUAAAAUUAAUGGUGCAAAGUGCAAAUGUAUUGUAUGUUAAUAUGUUGAUGUUUUUUUAUAUCAUGCUUUAUUUUUAGAAAAAGUAGUUGUAGUGAGUAGUGGGUGUAGUAAUGACUUGUAAUUUUACCUGUACUUUUUUCUAGUGAGUAAGUUUUAGUAGUAUUGUAUUGGUAGUGGUAGUUGUUGUUGUAGUGUACAGUGGUUGUAAAAUGCACAGCAGUUAUCUGUCAUGACUGUAACCACAAAUUGCCUCUGGGUUUUUCAAAACAAUAAAUUAUUUUUUUUUGUCGAA